CAAGAAAUUUGGGUGUUGUUUCACAUUUUUGUAACUUGUACGCACGCACACUAAUUAAUUAAAUCUAAGUGAUGUUAAGAGCAAUGAGUACACGAAGGGACUAUAGAGGAUAUGGAGUAUUGAUUAAGGAAGAUGAGGAGGAGAUUUGUGCUCCAAUAUUGGAAAAGCCAAAAUUAAGCAGAAACAGAACAGUUCCUGCUGCUGCUAAAUUCUUUAGCUCUUCAUCAAAGAAGGUGACAUCUGAGGACAAUUUCCGGGCGAGUAGUGCUCAGGUAAAGGGAGCGAAAAAAGCGAGCAAAAUUCACCCGAUUUUCAGUCUAUUUGAAACGAAGAAGAAGAAGAAGAAGAAGGCAACUGCUAGGCCUGAAUUCUCGAGGUACAUUCAGUAUCUUAGAGAGGGAGGUUUUGGUGAUGUUUUGCAGACUUCUUCAGUUCCUCCAACUUCACCACGGCGGUGAAUUGAUUCAAACAAAUUCGGUAAUUAUGAUGAGACAGCUUGAUUUUUUUAUUUUCUGGUACAGAAGAUCUCGUCGAUAAUAAUAA